AUGGGAACUUCUUGCUACAUCUUGAUUGUCCCACAUUUUAGCUCGUCCAGGGGUCUUCUGGUCAGCAAGCGCCACGCCAAGAGACCCUACGCCGGUUUUGCGUCGUGUGCACCGCAUCCGAUAUCCAUGUCGUUUCUCAAGCACCUUGACUGCGCCGCCGAGUCGCCUGGCAACCCCUCCCUCUUUCCCUGGUCCCCUAUGGUCCCCUUGGAUUUCCCGAUUGGAGAGAACUUCCCCUCUUCGCCCUCCUCGCUCGUUCGGAUCCUAGCAAUGCAAGCCCGGAUCCGACAGGGCCAGCGAUGGUUUGCUCGCCGGUCGUCCCGCCGCAAAACCGCCGCGGGUGAUCCCAAUGGGCCUGCGGUCGACCUCCUCCACCGGGACGAAAGGAGAGCGUAA